AUGACCUCACCAGAACCAACAGAGCCUUCUCAGGCUCUGAUAGUCGGCAUCUCGGGGCCCUCAUCCAGCGGAAAGACCACCCUAGCCCGACUCCUGCAACGCAUCUUUUGCGGGGUACCCCUCGACUCGACCUCAACCUCGAUCUCAGACUCAACCCCAGGCUCAACCGCACAAGAAAACAAUUUAAACACCUUCAUCAUCCACGAAGAUGACUUCUACUACCCAGAUGACCAGUACACACCCCCACCCACAACCAUCCCCUCCCACAAGUUCUACUGUUAUCAGCGCAAUCUGACCAUCCCACCCAGAAUCCCAUACACAACAACCCCCUCCGGCAAAACAGUCCAAGACUGGGACACUUCCGCCGCCAUAGACACUUCUUUCCUCGCACAAGCGCUCUCCUACGUCCGACGCCACGGACACUUACCGCCCCGACUCCAAAGUAAAGAAGACCAGAACGAGAAUACGGGACCGUGCGUACCGGAUGAUUUGGUGACCCAGCUACGGCGGGAAGUCGAGGCGCGUAUUGCGGCGAAGAAGGGGGUGCGGAGUGGCACGCUGGUUUUUAUGGAGGGGUUUUUGUUGUAUGCGUCGCCGGAGGGGUGGGAGGUUAAGAACAAUAGUGGGAAAUGGGAUGAGGGUGAGGGGCGGGGGAUGAGCAUUAUCCGACGGACUAUGGCGUGUUACGACCUUGGGUAUGUUACUAUCGGGCCUGCGCCAGAACCACCUACGGCAGCGACAGCUGCGCACUUAAGCGAGCAACAAGAGCAGAAGCAGGCGCAGUCACAGCAGGGAGAAAUCGAUCUGGAAGGUGAAGACGAUCGGCCACCGCAGAAUUUCUGGACCGAUCCGCCAGGCUACGUGGAUGAUAUUGUUUGGCCGCGGUAUGUGCGUGAUCAUGCGUGGUUGUUGGUUGACGGGGAGGGAGAGGGGGAUAUUGUUGCGCGCGUUGGGGAGGGCGUUGAUGUGAGGCAUGAUGUUGGUGUGAGCGUUGCGCCGGGGAAGGGGGCUGUUGGGAUGGAUGUUGUGUUGCGGUGGGCUGUGGAGGAGGUGUUGGGGUUUUAUAUGGGGGAGGAGUAG